CUUCAAAGUGAUCACACGUCUACUACUACUACUACUAUUACUACUACUACUACUACUACUACUACUACUACUACUACUACUACUACUACUACUACUACUACUACAAAUAGACACUUAACACUAUCACCACGCUACUUAGAACACUUUUUAACCCAGUAUUCCACACCCAACAACCUCACUUACUUAAAUCCACCCCUGUCACUACAACUACUACUACUUAUACUUAACAAUGAUUGGGAGGGUUACACUUUUGGUACUUAUCUCCGUUCUUUGCAAGGGCGACAAAGAGGGCGUGGUAAUCUUCUCUCUCGGGGGCGCGGAGGAAAGAGCAAUGACGUCAUCACUCUCCUCCCUGCUAUCCUGGGCGGGACAUCACGUGACCCUGGUUACUUAUGGAGGCAUUAUAAGUAGGCCUAGUAGUGAGGUUUUUGAUAUACCGGUAGCCAUUGAAGACUAUUUGUACGCUUCUACCGCCGGCCAGAGGAAUUAUAUAGUCCCCAGCCUACGAGAACACGGACUAUUUGACGUCAUAACAGCAAGGGACAGCGAGCCAGCCAAUCAGAGCGAGGGAGCCGAUGAGCCAGCCAAUCAGAACGAGGGAGUCAAUCCGCCAGCCAAUCAGAACCCAGCAAUCUAUGAGGAGGUCGUGACGUCAUCAACCCGCUUGGCAUGUAAACAAAUGCUCCCGAACACAGACGCUAUUAAGGGAGAGAUUUCACGCCGUGCGAAAAUCAUCCUGACCCCGCUGCACUUCCAUGACCUCUGCACCCUGACCCUGGCGGCUGACCUUGACCUCCCUGUCGUCGGCCUCGUGACCUCUCCCACGGGGUCAUGGUGGACGUGGUACCAUCUUGACCUCGUCCCCUCAUUGGCCGUAUCAGCAGUCCCGAUGCGAAAUAUCUCCCGGGAGUUUGGAUUCAUUGAGAGAGUUUGGAAUAUAUGGGAUUUCUAUGCUUACUUAAGGAAGAUGAACUCCUUGUGGGCCGAACCGCUGAUGACGUCACUACCAGCAGGCACUUUCAAGCCAAUCAGCGAGCUCUAUUCUCGAGUGGGCGCGGUUGUGGUAGCAUAUGAUUGGCUGAUUGACCCUGACCUUCCCGUGACCCCAUUCGUGACCUCCAUGGCCGGGGCGCGCUGGGGGGACGACCCGGAGCUAGACAAGGACAUCCUCGGCCCCCUUCAAGCUAAUCGCAAUGGAGCAAUCUUGGUCAGCCUCAAAAUGGCGGAAUUAUGGGUCGGCGCGGAGGCUCAGGACGCUAUACUGACCGCGCUGUCCGCCACGCCCUUCACGGUGAUAUGGCGGGGCGUGGGGAAGGCGCGGGGGGGCGUGGGGAAGGGGCAUAACUCAGGAGGAGGGGCGCCGGCGGGGAGGACGUCCGCCAUCUUGGUCCAGAAGGAGGAACUACCAAUCAGAUCGCUCCUUGGUCACCCACGCCACAGGGUUCUGGUCUCCCUCUGUGGGUUCCCCGAGGCGGGUCUUGCCGUGGCCUAUGGGUCCCCGCUCCUCUGUGUGCCCAUGACGGAUGACCAGCGGGUGACGGGUGACAGGUUGGCUGAUAAAGGUCUGGCCAUUGUAGUCCCAGCCGCUGAAGUGACUAUUUCGACUAUCCGGGAAGCCAUCAGGAACCUUACGACUAUCCGAAGUUUCAGAGCGCGAGGGAGAGAACUUGCAGAGGAGCACUUGGAUUCGCCUCUACCUGCUGCUGAUCACGUUCUAUACACGAUUAGGAAACUACUACGACGCCCCUGGAGGUUCCGAAGGCGCCAGACCCACGGCCUCUCCCUAUUGGUCCAGAGCAACGGUGACGUCAUCGCCGCCAUCUUGAUUUUGGUGACGUCACUGGGGGCUGGUGUCAUAUAUGGAGUUGUUUUGGUUGCAAUGAGAAUUUGGAAUACGGAGAAGACUGAGAAGAAGAAGAAGGAGGAAUAGAAGUGGAGACGGAGGAGGAAUAGAAGUGGAGACGGAGGAGGAAUAGAAGUGGAGACGGAGGAGGAAGAGGAGGAGGAGGAGGAGGAGGAGGAGGAGGAGGAAGAAGAAGAGGAGGAAGAGGAGGAGGAAGAAGAGGAGGAGGAGGAUAAAUCAAAACAAACACAUUUUUUGAACUUUUUAUUUCAAGAAUCGAGGAAAAAAUCAUUAUUAUUAUUAUUAUUAUUAUUAUUAUUAUUAUUAUUAUUAUUAUUAUUAUUAUUUUGUGUGGUGUUAAUAUAGGCACUUAAUUACUCCAUGCAAUAUAUAAUAAAUGAUCAAAUCUA